CGGGGCCUUUCCGUGAUGUCAGCCUUCCCUGGAAUCCAGACAGGCACAGAGAGGCUGGCGCACAGCGUACAGUUGCUAUGGCAACAACAGAAGCUGUCUGCAUCGGUGGGGCCAGUCAGGGCCGGGAAUAGUUUCCUUGGGACUCGGAGGGGAGGACACACAUCCUAUGCACAGGAUUCCAUCCUCUUUACAGGAUUCCGUCCUCUUCCUCCUUUCUCGGCAGGUGUUGCUCUCGACCCAAUGGAGCAAGUAGGAGCGCCACAGCCAGACGAUACAGGGGAGGCCAAGGAGACAGAGUAUUCUAACCCUCUCCUGAGGCCUGCUCUCACUGGAGAUGUGGAAGGGGUGCAGCAGAUUUUUGCUGACCCAGAAGACCCUGAUGGGGAAAAGGCCAUGAAGCUUCUCCUGGACAAGGACAUCAUAGGGAGAGACCUCCUGUAUGCAACCUGCAUGGCUGGACAGAGUGCAGUUGUCAGAGCACUGGCAAAAUACGGGGUGGACAUGCAGGAUAAAACAGCCAGGGGUUACACGCUCCUGCACUGUGCGGCAGCUUGGGGCCAGCUGGAGACUUUGAAAACUCUGGUAGAACUGGAAGCUGAUAUUCUAGCCACAACCUUCCGGGGUGAAAAGGCCCGAGAUAUAGCCCACCGUUAUGCACAGACGGACUGUGCUGACUUCCUGGACUGGGCAGAAGCCAAGCAGGCCCUGCGGACGCUCAUUGCGCACGUCCAGGCAACGAUUGCAGAUCCAGAGAAGGUGCAGGGAAGGCUGAACAAGGAAGACAAGAGCAUGUCUCUGAGUGCCUGCCGGGUGAAAUCUGACUGGCUUGAGAACACCAAGGAGCCCACCAGGCAAGACUUCGUGGAUCAGAAGCAGCAUCUGGAAGAGAUCAUGCUGCCCAUCUUCACAAAGCUGGCCAUGCCCCGCCCUCCGACGGUGAAGAGCGCCAAGUCUGCGCAGAACUGCAACAAAAGCUGAAGCCUCGUUCCCACAGCUCCUGCCUGGCUCAGGAUCGACGCCAUUCUGUGACUGGGAGGGCCCGGUACACACGCUCAUUGUGUUUUGCAUCAAGCCGGCGUGGCCUCCAAGGGUUAUGCGGGGGCUCCUUUUCCUCAUGCCAGACCCUGGGGAUUUGCCUCCCGUGCUGCAGGGCUGCCCACAAGCAGCGCUCGGCCAGGAGCUAUCGGAAUGGAUUCCAUCCGCUCAGCUGGCUAGUGCAGCCAGCACGCGGCUGCUCGGAGAAUCUCCUGGGUGAAGCACAAAAAAUAAUCAAAAGCAUCAAAGCGCCUCCGCCACCGAGUGUGAUUCGUUCCCACAGCAGCAGGCAGAGCACCAGCUUGCACCAAAGGGGCUGCAAAAUGAGUCAAAUCCGCUGUGGGAGGAGCUGUUGCCUUUGAUUACUCAGCUGUCCUGUGCUGGUGUCCUUCAGCCAAGUUCCGCCUGGGAUCCUAAGGGUAUGUCAGGGAACAGCUUUUUUGCCCGUUGCCACAGGCACCUUGUAAAAAUGCCCUUUAAAACUUAGUGUACCUGUCUGUCCACGCCAGUGGCAAUUCAGCCUAUGCCUCGGGCCACGGCAAAGCCCAUACCUCAUUUAGACCUGGCUCUGAAGGCUUCAGUGGGGCAGGCGAAUGCCACAAAGAGCUGACACAUGCUAGGCAACCAAAGGGGGCUCUCACGCUGGGGGUGCAAAGAACUUGCUGAGGGCAGCCCCUGUAUGUGACACUAAGAGCCCCCUGGAGCCGUGACUCGGCGCGUCCCCUGGCUGCUAUCUCUAUCAUGAGCGGAGGUAAUAAAACCUGUUCCGCCGACUACUAAAGGGCAGCGAUGGUCAGAAAAGGGCCUGUAAAAACGACCCAUCGAUUAACAGAGCACCUUUGAGUUCCAGCUGACUCGCUGCGUGUGGCCUGUCAAACCGACAGGCCCCUUCCAUGGUGGUAACCUGCACGAGAGUCUUUCUUCCACUUUCUUCCCAUCUGCUGCCUGCUCUCAUGCUGCACCCGAGGCUCACGCAAGGCACGAUGAACACAGCUGGACCGUUUUUCUCCGGGCCUCUCCUGUUUCCCUCAGGUCCAGGUCUCCCCCAAGCGCCUGGCAGGGCUUUUCACUCUCAUAACCGGCAAAUCUGCCCUUCUCCAUAGGAAAGGCAAGUGAGUCUGUAAACACCCACGCUUCCCUUGCUGCCUUUGACUUGCCUGCCUGUGCAUUUGCACUGCUCCCAUUUUCCAGUGGGAGUCGCGUUAAAGGCUCGGUAAGGACAAAGAUGGGAGCCAUGCUACAGGCGGCCGAAGCUUGCCUAGAACUUCCAGAGAGCAGAGUCCUGGCCUAGGCACCCACUAGGAGGCAGCCUUGUCUAGUGGUUAGGGUUUGGACUGCACAUUAGGAGCCAAGCCUGGAGUUACCCUCAUAUACACAGUUGCCUUGUUGCUUAGUGAGGCACCGGCCAGGGCCGUCCCUAGAAAUUUGGGAGCCCUCUGCAGCCCCCUCCCUGGGAGGGCGGAGCCAGCCCCACAGCAGGCAGGCAGGACUGUGCUCAGAGCCAUAAGGGCAGGAGCUGUGAGGGGCAGGCCCAGAGAUCUGGGGGCAGGAGCAGGGCAGGGAUGAGACUCAUUCCCAUGCUCACUGGCACAGUGGCAAGUGGAGUGACCGAGCCCCAAGUCACUCUGCUCCCCCGGCUCCAAGCCAUGCCGCUUGGGGGAGGGGAUGGGACCGCCGCCCACACUCAGCGGCUGCAGGAAACGGAGCAUCGUGGCUGGGAGCAGGCAGAGCGGGCUAAGACCAGGGCACGUCGCUUCCCACGGCUGCUGGUGAGUGCAGGGGUGGUGUGGAGGUAUGGCAGAGCAGGGGGUGUCCCUGGCCCCCCACCUGCACAGGGAUGGCCCUGCUGGGUGCAGCCCACAGGAGUGGGGGUGAGGGCUGGCCACCAGAGGUGGCCCUGCCCCACAUGCACCAUGCAGCUACCCAGAACACCAUGGAAUUUGGGGCAAAUUGCCUUUGUGACGGGAAGCCCUGGCUUAUCACCCCCCAAAACGGGCACCAGCUGUUCCUUCCUGGCCCAGAGGCAACCCUAGGAGAAUAGGUGGGGAGAGGGCUCUGUGCCCCUAGGCCUUGGAGCUGCUGGAAAGGCUCUGCCCCGUGGCUAGAAAGAGGGAACGCUGGCGUGUUAAGCAGCAAAGGGCUGGAACCACUGGCAUCGAGCCAGCAGUAGCAGGAAAUAGGAGGCUCCAGAUCCACAGCACCUGGCCAUGCCUGGGAGGUUUCAAGCAGAGGUAAAGAGCAGACAUCAGCCUCCCUCCUGGCCUCCAAAGAGCACCAGCCCUUGCUGCAGGAACCAUUUUCCAUUCAAAUCACAGCACUUCCAGCAGGUCUGCACAGGAGCCGUGGGCUGGAGUGGUGCAGUUAGGCACAGCUAAUGGGAGCGGAGCUUUGAGCAGAGUGGGGGUGGAGGGAUAGACAGAGGCACAGAAAAUCAUACAGGGGGAGGAGAAAGUGAAUAGGGAGGUGUUACUAAUAGAGUCCUGCACCGGUACAAAAUUUUGUAUCUGCAUCUGUCUCUGUAAAAAAUGAACGGCGGAAGCAGAUACUCACGGAUAGCUGCAGAUGUACAGGGCUCUAGUUAAUAACCCCUCUGUAAGGCACAAAACCCCAGGCUCUCCUACUGAAAUUAAUAGGCAGCAGGUUUGAAACAGACAAGAGGUCACACACCACACGAUCACACUGUGGAACUUGUUGCCAGGGGAUGUUGGGGCAGGAGAGGGGGGUGGGGAUUAUAACUGGGUUCAAAAAAAGAAUUGGGCAAGUUCCCAGAGGAACAAUUAGCAAAGACAGUCCAGGAUACAACCCCUGCUCUCAGUAUCCCUAAACCUCCGACUGGCAGAACCUGGGACUGGCUAAUGGGGAGGAUCACUCGGUAACUGCCCUGUUCCCUUAAUUCUCUCAGAAGCACCUGGGAUUGGGCACUGGUCUGUCCCGGUCUCCCUGCUCCGAGGUGCAUUUCCUGUGGCUGCAUUGUGGGGCUUGGUAGCAGAGAUCCUGCCGGGUGGGUGGGAGCUCUGAAAGAUGUCUCAUCUCAGGCUAUGCCUGUGUUAGUACCGCCCCCCCCCCCAGCAAUGCAGGCAGUUGGGACUGGAUUUCCAGUCACGUCGCUGCCAGGCCUCAGAGCUGCAGCAGGUUUUGGGGAGCAGGCACAAUCAUUACAAUGGCAUUAUCCCCCCGGGAGACGCUUAAUGGCUGGAGCCUGGGAUCAAUCCUGCGGCAGUUUCCCCCUAUUCCUUAUGGGUACAGUACCCUCAGUGCGAAAGCAGGGCCUAGUCCCUGCAUUACCUCAGCCCGCCAACGUGCUGUUGCCCUGCCAGGCCGGUGUUAAUACGUCUGGGGCAGAAACCAGCAGGCAUACGCCCCCAGGCGAACCCUCCCGACACCUCAGCACGCCAGGAUUAGCCCAGAGUUACAGAAGGGGAACUUAAGGCACUGUUAAGUGACUUGCUCAGGGUCACAUAAGGAGUUUGUGGCAGGCCAGGGGCCAGAACCUACCCGGUCUGGUGGCAGGCAAGAUGGCGGAGCCCCAGCCUGGCUGGCCCCAGUGUGUCUGCCAGAUAGCUCUCUCCUGCACUCACUGUCCCCACUGGCCACCCGCACUCUGGUGCCCCAAAUGUGCCGUGCUCCCUCCUUCCCGGCCAGCCCAGAGAGCUGCCCCAGGGCACCCAUGCAGCAUGGCAGUGGCU